CCGGGAUGUAUCGGCGAGCAAAAUGACAGCUGGUUUGUUUUUAAUAACAAGGAAAAAUCUAAGUAGACAUCAAAGUGUCAUGUGGUGAGCGAUCCUCUCUGUCCUGGUCUGCCUUGAGCAACUGACCAAAAAGGGACCAGCAAUUCUUCUGCAGACAUCUUCCAGACACAGCACUGGAGCCAUCAUUACAAACUUAACAAGACAGUGAGCUGUGAUACUGGUCAAGUCAAAGGAAAGGUCUUUUCAGGUGAGAGGGGGCUGUUCAGCAGGACCAAGCCAUGGAGCCUCUACAGGACGUGUUUGGGCGUACCUUUGUCGAGGUCAUGAGUGAAAAGUACAGCCCAGAGAACUUUCCUGUCCGCAGAGGGCCCGGUAUAGGAGUGGUGGUGGUGCCCAUCACAUGUCCUCAAGGCUCCCCUAUGAAAGACCGUCUGAACCUGCCCAGCAUUCUGGUGCUGACCGGCUGUGGGAUCAACAGGGCCGGAGACCAGGCUGAGAUCGCUGCUUUCUGCGCACAUGUCAUAGAGCUGGACCUGUCUCACAACAAGCUGCAGGACUGGCAAGAGAUCAGUAAAAUCGUGUCUAACAUCCCCAACCUGGAGUUCCUGAACCUGAGCUCGAACCCCCUGGGAGGAGUGACCCUGGAGCCGCGAUGGGCUGAAUGCUUCUCCCGGGUCAGACGCCUCGUCUUCAACAACACCCAGGUGUCCUGGGACACCCUGCUGCUGCUCACCAGGGAGACAACUGAGCUGGAGGAGUUGUUCCUGUGCCUUAAUGAGUAUAGUAGUGUGAGUGCCUCCAGUAUGGCCUGCCCCAGCCUGCGCCUCCUUCAUAUCACCGACAACAGCCUCAAGGACUGGGCCGAGGUCCGCAAGUUUGGCUCCAUGUUCCCCAGUCUGGACACGCUCAUUAUGGCAAACAACAACUUGGCCUCCAUUGAAGACAGCAAAGAUAUCCUGCUGAAGCUCUUCCCCAAACUACGCAGCAUCAACCUGCACAACUCAGGUCAGUUACGAGAGUUGAUUU